AGAGGCCUCAGGACCAUGUACCGACGGAGAUCCCAGUGCUGCCCGGGAUACUAUGAGAACGGAGACAUCUGCAUCCCCUUGUGCACAGAAGAGUGCGUCCACGGCCGCUGCGUCUCCCCUGACACCUGUCACUGUGAGCCUGGCUGGGGAGGUACCGACUGUUCCAGUGGCUGUGACAGUGACCACUGGGGUCCCCACUGCAGCAAUCGCUGCCAGUGCCAGAACGGUGCCCUGUGCAACCCCAUCACGGGGGCCUGCGUGUGUGCUGAUGGCUACCGAGGCUGGCGCUGUGAGGACUUCUGCGAGCCAGGGACCCAUGGCAAGGGUUGUCAGCUUCCUUGUCAGUGCCACAACGGUGCCACCUGUGACCCUCGGACUGGAGAGUGCCACUGUGCGCCGGGCUACACUGGCGUCUACUGUGAGGAGCAGUGCCCACCUGGGAGCCAUGGGGCACACUGUGACCUGCGCUGCCCCUGCCAGAAUGGGGGUACCUGCCAUCAUAUCACAGGGGAGUGUGCUUGCCCCCCUGGAUGGACGGGAGUGGUAUGUGCCCAGCCCUGCCCACCAGGGACAUUUGGCAUCAACUGUAGCCAGAACUGCCCGUGCCACCAUGGAGGGCAAUGUGACCAUGUGACAGGACGGUGCCAGUGUGCAGCUGGCUACAUGGGCGACAGGUGCCAAGAGGAGUGCCCCAUUGGGACCUUUGGAUUCCAGUGCUCACAGCGCUGCGACUGUCACAAUGGGGCCCAGUGCUCUCCAGCCUCCGGUGCCUGCGUGUGUGACCCAGGCUACAAAGGCCCCCAAUGCCAGGAGCGCCUGUGUCCGGAGGGCCUGCAUGGCCCACAGUGUACCAAGCCUUGUCCCUGCAAUGCCACCAACACGCUCAGCUGCCAUCCUGUGUCGGGAGCCUGCACAUGCCAUGCAGGUUGGGCCAGCCCACACUGUAAUGAGUCCUGUCCUGCUGGCUCCUAUGGAGAGGGCUGUCGGCUAGUGUGUGCCUGUCAGAAUGGAGCUGAUUGUCACAGCAUCACAGGGAGCUGCACCUGCGCCCCAGGCUUCAUGGGUGAAGUCUGCACUAUGCCCUGUGCGUCCGGGACCUAUGGCCCCAACUGCUCAUCUGUCUGCAACUGUGAGAACGAGGGUACCUGUUCCCCCAUAGAUGGCACCUGUACCUGUAAGGAAGGGUGGCAGGGGAUUGACUGCUCCCUCCCAUGCCCUACGGGCACCUGGGGCCUGAACUGCAAUGAAACAUGCAUCUGCUCCAACGGGGCAGCCUGUAGCCCUAUUGAUGGUACCUGUUCCUGCUCACCUGGCUGGUUAGGGGAUACCUGUGAGCAGUCCUGCCCGGACGGAACAUAUGGACUGAAUUGUAGCGAGCGUUGUGACUGCAGUCAUGCGGAUGGCUGCAACCCCAUCACAGGCCACUGCUGCUGCCUGGCGGGCUGGACUGGUGUCCGCUGUGACAGCACAUGUCCCCCAGGUCACUGGGGCCCCAACUGUUCCAUCUCCUGUAGCUGUGAGAAUGGCGGCUCCUGUUCCCCAGAAGAUGGGACUUGCGAAUGUGCUCCAGGCUACAGGGGGCCCCUGUGCCAAAGAAUUUGCCCCCCUGGCUUCUAUGGUCACAGCUGCAACCAGCCUUGCCCACUCUGUGUGCACAGCAAUGGACCCUGCCACCACAUCACCGGCCACUGUGACUGUCUACCUGGAUUCUCUGGUUCCCUCUGCAAUCAAGUGUGUGCUGGAGGAAGAUUUGGGAAGGAUUGUGCUCAGCACUGUUCGUGCUCCAACAAUGGAACCUGCAGCCCUAUUGAUGGCUCCUGCCAAUGCUUCCCUGGCUGGAUUGGCAAGGACUGUACACAAGCCUGCCCACCAGGGUUCUGGGGCCCUGCCUGCUUCCACACCUGCAACUGUCACAAUGGGGCUGGGUGCAGUGCAGAUGAUGGGGCCUGUCGAUGUGCCCCAGGCUGGACAGGGCUCUUCUGCACACAGCGCUGUCCCACGGCAUUUUAUGGGAAGGAUUGCGGGCGUGUAUGCCAGUGCCAGAACGGCGCCGACUGCGACCACAUCACUGGCAAGUGCUCCUGCCGGACUGGCUUUACAGGGCGGCACUGUGAACAGAAGUGUUCCCCAGGAACCUUUGGCUAUGGGUGUCAGCAGCUGUGUGAGUGUAUGAACAAUGCCACCUGUGACCAUGUCACUGGUACCUGCUAUUGCAGCCAGGGUUUCAAAGGCAUCAGGUGUGACCAAGCUGCCCUCAUGAUGGAAGAGCUGAAUCCUUACACCAAGAUCAGCCCAGCCCUGGGCUCAGAGAGGCACUCAGUGGGGGCUGUCAUCGGCAUUAUCCUCCUGCUCUUGGUCAUUGUGGCCCUCUUGAGCCUGUUUGCCUGGCAUCGGCGGAGACAGAAAGAGAAGGGCAAUGACAUGCCCCGAGUCUCCUACACACCAGCCAUGAGAAUGACCAGUACUGACUACUCCCUGUCAGAUGUGUCUCAAAGUAGCAGCCAUGGUCAGUGCUUUUCCAACCCCAGCUACCACGCUCUGGCAUGUGGGGUGCCUUCCGAAACAGUCAGUAAUUUGGACAGGAACAGCUCCACUAAGCUCAGUAACAAAUCCCUUGACAGAGAUACGUCUGGGUGGACACCUUACAGCUAUGUGAACGUGCUAGACUCCCAUUUCCAGAUCAGUGCUCUGGAGGCCAGGUACCCGCCCGAGGACUUCUACAUUGAACUUAGACACCUUGGCUGCCCCGCUGAGCCAAACACACCAGGUGCUUGUGGGAUGGACAGACGUCAAAACACAUAUAUUAUGGAGAAAGGCUUCAAAGAUUACACAAAAGAAUCUGUAAGCAGCUCGAGUACGUGCUCUCUCAACAGCAGUGAAAACCCCUAUGCCACCAUCAAGGAUCCACCCCUCCUCACCUGCAAGCCCAUGGAGAGCAGCUAUGUAGAAAUGAAGUCACCUGCUCACAGGGAUUCUCCAUAUACAGACAUGCCAUCCUUGUCGACAUCUAAUAAAAAUAUAUAUGAAGUUGAACCCACAGUCAGUGUGGUCCAAGAAGGCCGUGGUCAUAGCGCCAGCUAUAUCCAGAAUCCAUACGACCUACCUAGGAACAGCCAUAUUCCUGGUCAUUAUGACCUCCUCCCAAUAAGACAGAGCCCUGCCCAUGGACCCUCUCAGGACAAACAGUCUUAA